GAUGAGAACCCGCCAUUUCGUAUUCCGAGUGUGAUUUGAACAGUGGGUCAGAAUCUGGAUAAAUCGGGCUUCUUGAUAGCUGUGUCGGUUGUGAAAGCCGUGCGAGAUGUCGAUUGGGGUACCGAUCAAGGUCCUCCAUGAGGCUGAGGGCCAUAUCAUUACCUGUGAGACGAACACCGGUGAAGUUUACCGAGGGAAGCUUGUCGAAGCUGAAGAUAACAUGAAUUGUCACAUGCAAGGAAUCACUGUGACCUACCGUGACGGAAGUACUUCCCAACUGGAGAACGUGUACAUUCGAGGGAGCAAAAUCCGAUUCCUGAUAUUACCUGACAUGCUGAAAAAUGCUCCUAUGUUCAAAAAACCGCCUGGGAAAGGCAUGCAAACCGGCGCAGCGGCGGGUAGAGGGAAGUCUGCCAUUCUACGAGCUCAAGCCGCUCGAGGCCGGGGACGAGCUCGUGCGCUGUUUCCCAAAGGUGGUCGAGGAGGUGGUGGUGGUCGCGACGGAGGUGGUGGUGGAAAGUGAGGCGCGGUCGGUGCGGGUCAUCCCUCUGGCAUCACACAAGAUGCCUGUGUAAUAAGUUGCAUAUAUGGCAGAACGAAGAACCGAACAAUAAAUAUUCCAUCACUUC